AACUCACAUUGCACCUCUUCUUUCCCGGGUAGGAAUGAGACCUAUGUGUGUGGAGCUGGGAUGACCCCAAUAUUCUGAACCGUUUUGCUUUUUUUUGUGGUGGCCCGGGACCUUCUCGGACCGUAUGCGCGCAUUCACGCAUAUCUUCACUCACUCACUCACUCACUCACUCACUCACUCACUCACUCACUCACUCACUCACUCACUCACUCACUCAUUCACGCACACACACACACAAACAAAACACCACACAUCAUAUUCCGCGUCUGCAAACCAACGAACAGCGCAGACAGGUUUUGCUCUGCGAAAGGCUGUCUUGCAGACUACACUCGAGAAGAGUUACGGAGUGUAGUCUACUUAUCCCCUACGAUUUUUGGUGUAUGAAAAAAAUAAACAUUCUAUAAAGAGGAGCAGUACAAUCAAUCGUGGAUCUCGGAUAUGGCAGGUGUGAAGACAUUCGACCUUGUUGUUGGAGUUGUUUUAGUUUUUCUGUCUCUUGGAAAUGCGUUUCAAGAGCCCAGACAGGACCCGACAAACAGGGACUCCUACUCCUACGUGCAAGGGCAGCCUCUGGAUAAGGAGGACAUGGCGGUUGAUGUGAAGCUGUACAGUCACCGGUGGAGGAGGUGGCUGUCCCCAGAACAGCCACGUAACAGGGACAGCAACAGGGCCAGCCAGGACCAUGAGCAGGGUCAGGAUCAGGGUCAAGACCAACCUGAUGGGGGUUUCCCAGGCCUGCUCUCAGCAGAGGACAGCCAGGACACUGACAACAGCUCCCAGAUAGAGGAGGACACAGAUCACAACUACUACACAUCGAAGACCUACGGCCCCACGGACCCCAUGAGCAAAGACUUGUGGGUAAACGUUGACCAGAUGGACAAGGACAAGGUGAAGAUCCAUGGCAUCCUGUCCAACACUCACAGGCAAGCUGCGAGAGUAAAUCUUUCCUUCGAUUUUCCCUUCUAUGGACAUUUCCUGCGUGAUCUCACCGUGGCAACUGGUGGGUUCAUCUACACAGGGGACGUGGUCCACAGAAUGCUGACGGCCACCCAGUACAUCGCCCCCCUCAUGGCCAACUUUGACCCUAGUGUCUCCAGGAACUCAACCGUCAUCUACUUCGACAAUGGCACUGCUCUGGUGGUCCAGUGGGAUCAUGUCCACCUGCAAGACAACUACAACCUGGGUAGCUUCACCUUCCAGGCCACACUGCACAGCGACGGCAGGAUUGUCUUCGCCUACAAAGAGAUUCCAAUGGAGGUGGCCCAGAUCAGCUCCGUCAAUCACCCGGUGAAAGUGGGCCUCUCCGAUGCCUUUGUGGUGGUCCACAGGAUCCAGCAGAUACCCAAUGUUCGUCGGAGAACGAUCUAUGAGUACCAUCGUGUGGAGCUGACAAAGACCAAAAUCACCAACUCUACAGCAGUGGAGAUGAUGCCUCUACCGACGUGUCUCCAGUUCACCAGCUGUGACAGCUGCAUCUCCUCCCAGAUCAACUUCAACUGCAGCUGGUGCCACCUCCUACGCAGGUGUUCCAGUGGGUUUGACCGCCAUCGGCAGGACUGGGUUGAUAACAGCUGUCCUGAUGAGACCAAAGACAAAAGCUGUGAUAUCAUCAGCACCACACAACUCGAUCCAUUCAUCACCACGUUAGUUGCCAAAACAACAGGCCAGAGCAGACGCCGAGGAGAGACCACCACAGCCGGAGCCUCCUCGUCCACAUCCCGACCCCCAACCAGCGUCCCCACUGAAGAUGACACCAAGAUUGCUCUGCAUCUUAAAGACAAUGGAGCGAUGCCAAAGGAGAGUGCUGCGGAGAGGAAGGACACACACCCACUGCACACUGGCCUGAUCCUGGGCAUUCUCGUGGUCUUGCUCAUCAUGGCAGCCGCAGUCCUGGUCACUGUCUACAUCUACCACCACCCUACAUCAGCCGCAAGCCUCUUCUUCAUCGAGAGACGUCCCAGCAGGUGGCCGGCCAUGAAGUUCCGUCGAGGGUCGGGUCACCCGGCCUACGCGGAGGUGGAGCCCGUGGGCCAGGAGAAGGAGGGCUUUAUUGAGUCUGAGCAGUGCUAAGGGGCAUGCACCGCUCCCCCAAUGCGACUGAUUGACGCUGGUCUCUUGUUUUGUCGAUUCAAACGUUCACUGUCAAUAUUGUGAAAUGAGAUGAGAAAAUCGUGGUGGUGUCACUUUGAAAUCCCCAUACUUUUUUUCUGGUGGUCUGAGAGUAAGGCCUUGUGUUUGGUGGACUACCACGGUGAACCUUCAAACCUGGCUUGUUCAACAGAGAGCUGAUCUGAGAGCUGCUGAGGGAGGGUCACUGCCAGAGGGACUGUGCUGUGGGAAAACGUUAAACUGAUCUCAAGUCAGUUCUUCAGUCCAAGCCCAAAGUCUUCGAACACUUCACACUCACGGUGGUGAACGUGACUGACUUCUUGGGGAGAGAGUGAACGUAACGGUGUCAUUGAGUGGGUUGUACAGUGUGACUGCCCUACACUGGUGGUGUGUGAUGUGAGGGGGGAGUAAAGUAAGAAGAAUUAUACAGUAUAUUUUUCAGAAAGAAUACAGAGUAUGUGAACAGAGAUCUUGACUUUAAAUGUUGGUGAGGCCCAAUAGGCCUUUAUAUAUCCUUUGAGGUUUUGCUAAUUAACUGUUCCAUGUUGGGUUUCUUUAUGUUGCUUUUUUAACUGGGGUUUUAUUAUUCCUAAUCAGUGAGGGGAUUUUGUCUUGCUUUCCACUACCAUAAUAAGGCUUCUUUAUCGUAGCUUUUUACUUCAUAGCGUGAUUCAAUAGUGUGAUAUGCUCCUACUACUGCCCCUCAUCCCACCCAGGAGUAGCAGGCCUUUGUUGGUAUCUCUUUUUUUACAUAAAGUUUGUUUCAUUUUUUAAAACGUUUUUUUUUUUUUUUACAUUGAUUUCAGUACUGCCGUGCCAUUCUUUCCCUGACUGGAGUUUGCUCAACAUUCUUUCCCUGACUGGAGUUUGCUCAACAUUCUUUGCACAAAGUUGUUCAUGCACAUACAUCUUUAUUUCAUUUGGUACAAUUGUAAAAUUGCGAGACAGGCGCUUUGUGUGUGUGUGUGUGUGUGUGUGUGUGUGUGUGUGUGUGUGUGUGUGUGUGUGUGUGUGUGUGUGUGUGUGUGUGUUUUUUGUGUGAUUGGAUAUCAACCUGCUUAUAGGUGGGUCAGUUUGAGCUGGGUCUGUGUAAUUGAUGCUGAGUGGUUGACCAGAGGUACUUUUACAUACCUGGCUUGAGUUUGCCUGGGUUUUGAUUUUAUGUGUACAAUGUGGUUUUCAAGUAGUUUGACCUAAGGGCGUCAAUUGGGUAUGGCAGUCCCCAUACCCUAGCUCAAUACUAACAAGUUAAAAUAGGCUACUAAAAUCAUUCCAAUCCCGAUUUACAAGACAAAUGCAGUUUAGCAGUAUUAGCGGGGUGGCUUUAGGACCAAACAUCCAUCGGAAUGGGAUGGUGAACAGCACAACAUUCAUUUUAAAACAGUGUAGAGGUAGAAGAUUGCUGUAGAUGGCUAAGAUGCUAGGUAACUGUCGUUUGACUUGGAAUGAAAUUAGUUUUUAAUCCCACAUCUGAGCUAGGGCAUCGCAGCUAAUUGCUGUAUGACGUGUUUGAGGUAAAUUUCAUUUUUGUUGUUCUCCAAAUAGCAUU